ACGGCAGUAUGUUUGAUCGGAGAAACCUCGGUGCCAUUGACCAUCUCACGGAGCUGCGCGAACUCUUACCAACCCUUUCCCGAUCUUGUACCACAGCAAGUAUCCACACGAUAUAACCGCACAAGGCUGACCUUGCUAUGUGCGAUAAGUUGGCAACCGUUGUCUAUCAGUGACUACGGCCUCCUUGUCUACUCCUCAAGCUCAAGUCAAGUCCGCUCGGUACGGCCUAGUUGCGCGGAGACGCUCCAUUCUUGAACUGAUCUCAAGCUUUUCCAGGCUCAAGAUGCCUUCUGUUCCUGUUGCAACCAUGGGCAGGAAGCUGACGAUCGUAAGCCGUGGGCGCAUGCAGCUGGCGAGGUUUCUGGGCCCUUCCUCUCCUACCGGCACUGCAGCUGCUAGCAAUGUCGUCUCCCUCGUAGCUUGCAGCGUCCAUCUCGAACAAGUCGUCACACCUGUGUGUUCGUCUUGCACGACCCCCACAUUGCCCCAGGAGCUUUGGGACAUGGUCAUCGACUAUCUGCAUGACGAUCGCAUCACGCUACUCACAUGUUCCAUUGUGUGCAGAUCGUGGCUUCCCUCCAGUCUGCUCCAUCUAGACGGCCACAUUCGUGUACAAAUUCCGUUUAUGGAGCCCGUCACAGACGGCCCGUACAACCUGAAGCAGUGCGACACAGACAUCCUUGCCCGAGUCUCUCGUCCGCAACACGUCAGCUCACUAACAAUCAAAUGGAACACCUCGAAGCGAGAUCCUCCUCGUCCGCGUCUGCAUCCGCAUUAUUCCAUCAUCCUACACAACAACCUAUCUCUGGCCAUACAAGCCAUGCCGAAUCUUGUCAGCCUAACGAUGAUCGGUCUACGAAUACGGUAUCCCAGGCAUCCCCCUGAGUCCAAGGACGUCGUUCACUUCUUCCAAGCGGCCUUACAGCUCCCACGCUUACGCGAAAUCACUAUGGUCGGAGCAACCCUGGCAGAAUACCCUGAUGUGCCUCAUUUGUCUCCAGACGUCGAAGUCGCCCCUUCGCUGGAGAAAGUGAGCAUCAGAGAGAGCGCUAUGAAUGGAAUCACCCUCGCGUGGCUAUAUUCACUCUUACUGCAAACAAAGGAUCCUCGCCGUUCCUCUACCUCUCUUCGUCAUCUUGAUAUCCCCUCCUCUUUCCUUAGCUUUUCUAUGCAGGGUCACUUUUCUUGGUACACCUCGCUUCUUUUGUCCCUGGGACACGGACUGCAUCAUCUCGGCCUUCAAUUUGGUCCUGUUCAUGGAGCCAACGGUCAGACAGAGAGCAUAUUGACUCACCCAGGUGUGUUACGGUACUUGUUCCGACACGGAAGGCUAGCUAAAGCUUGUCCAGAUUAUUCUGCAUUCCUCGGGGCGCUCUCUCGUUGCGUCAACGUGCGCUUUUUGGACCUGUUCCUGCACGGUCCAGACCAAGCUGCCGUCGCAAAGGCCGUAUUCGAAUACCUGACCACGCUGCCUAACACCCCGCCAAUCACUGAAGUCGGCAUCGCGCUGAGAAUGCCCUGCGUGGACACAAAAGAUCGCCGCAGAGCCCUCAGCAGAGCCACUGCUGCCUUGCGUGCCCUGGACUCACUGCUCUGUGGCUUGGGCCAAGUACGUUGUGUCACAAUUAGGCCGACGCUGACAGGCGGUGGUAUGUAUACUACCGGCGAGUCGAAUUCGUCGGAAGCACGUAGAGCAUGCGAAGGGGCUGGGUUAUUGUGGAAGCAUCUGCCGAAGUUGCGGAAGCGUGGGAUCCUUCGAAUGGAGUGAUGGAAUCUUGGACGUCAGAGACUUCCUACGUGGGGACAGGCCGUAUAAAAUUGCAUUGUACUCUAGUCGACUGCUGGAUUGUAUCAGAUUCUUCACGAAUUGCACAUGUUUCCCGCUAGGCAUUGAAUGUU